CGCCUCGGUCUCUACUCCUGGAUCAGUGCGUUGGUCUCACUCCGCCCUCCCUCCCUCCCUCGCAUCGGCAAUCGUCGGGUGACAUUCCUGUUCCUACUGCUGUUUGGCCCAUUCGUCCACUCGGCCCAUCUCCACUGACUUCCCCAAUUGAGAUCAGAUGGUCUUGUAAGGCAGAGAGCGAGCGAGAGAGAGAGAGAGAGAGAGAGAGAGAUUGGGAGUUGAGGCGAAGGGGAGGUGUCGGAGGGGAUUUAUUGUGCCGUAGCUGGGUUUGCAAAAAUGUGUUCUAUUCCGUUCGGUCGGAAGAAGUCCAAGAAGGGGGAUUUGGCGCAGGAUCUAUUGGGGGAUGUGUUCUCGACUUACAGCGAGAAUGGGAAGCUGGACGCCGAGGGGUUGCUGAAGUUCUUGCAGACAGAGCAAGGGGAUAGCAAGUCCUCUCUAGAUGACGCCAAGCAUUUAGUGGAGUUGAUUCGGAAUGAGAGACAUAAGUCGAAAUUCCCUGGGUUCAUCGUCAGCUCGGACCUGUCGAAGGGUGAUUUUAAAAACUAUGUACUGAGCCCGGAUUUGAAUGGGGUUCUUGAAAGCACUGUGCAUCAAGACAUGACGCAGCCGUUAUCGCACUACUUCAUAUUCACUGGUCACAACUCGUACUUGACGGGUAACCAGCUUAGCAGCGACAGUAGCGACGUUCCCAUUGCUGCUGCACUGCAACGUGGCGUGCGGGUGGUGGAACUGGAUUUGUGGCCUGACGAUAAAGGCGGCAUCAAGGUCACUCACGGGAACACACUCACCAGUCCAGUUGCUUUCGAGAAGUGCAUAAAAGCCAUCAAGGCCAACGCGUUCGUCUCCUCGAAAUAUCCUGUAGUUAUCACUCUUGAGGAUCAUCUUUCAAGUCCUUUACAGGCCCUUGCUGCAGAGACUUUGACGAACAUUUUGGGAGAGGACUUGUACUAUCCACCCUCAUCCGAUGGGUUUAAAGAACUGCCUUCUCCGGAAUCAUUGAAAGGGAAAAUUCUAAUAUCUACCAAACCGCCGAAAGAAUACCUUGAAGCCGCUGUCGCACAGAAGUCGGCGUUGAAAGAUGAAAAGAUUUUGAAUGAGCUCAAGAAGGCAGAUAAGUUGCAGGAGCAGUCAACUGCUCCUGUUAAAAGCCCCGUUGAGAAAAAGAUUGCAGUUCCACCAUCAGAGAAGACAAAAUCCAUUUCCGAAGAGAAGGACUUGAGUGAAAAAGUUGGAAAUUUACGUGUUGAUUCAGAGGGUGAAUCAGCUGAUCCUGCCCCUGCAAGUUCCCCCGACGGUAAGAAAGCAACAUUGACAGCGGAUAGUGAAAGUGACGAUGACGACAAUAAGAAGAAUCCUGAGUAUGCUCGGCUUAUCACUAUCCACCAAUCGAAGCCUUCGAAAGGAACUACCGUGGAAGACAGACUGAAAGUUGAAGGGACAGUGGUACGGAUUAGUCUUUCAGAGACUAAGCUGGAGAAGGUCACUGAAGAGUUUCCUGAACUUGUGGUCAAGUUCACGCAGAGGAACAUUCUACGUGUGUAUCCUGCUGGUAACCGAGUAAACUCGUCCAACUAUGAUCCUACUGCGGCUUGGAUUCACGGAGCUCAAAUGGUGGCUCAAAAUAUGCAAGGUUAUGGCAAAGAGCUCUGGCAAGCCCACGGCAAGUUCAGGGGAAAUGGUGGCUGUGGAUACAUCCUUAAGCCAAAGUAUCUAUUGGAAGAUUUGCCCAAUGGUAAACCUUUUAACCCUUCAGCUCCUGGAGAUACGAAGAUGAUCUUGAAGGUAAAGGUAAUGACAACCAUGGGAUGGGACAAAGCGUUCCCCAAAUACCAUUUCGACCUUUUCUCGCCUCCAGAUUUCUUCACUAGGCUGCUUGUGACUGGAGUGCCUGCCGAUGUGGCAAAGUGGAAAACUUCCGUUAUAGAUGACGUUUGGGAACCCCACUGGAACGAGGAUCACGAGUUUUACCUUAAAUGCCCUGAACUUGCACUGCUCCGAAUUGAAGUUAGAGAUCACGACGAGGAAAGUCAAGAUGAGUUCGAAGGGCAGGCGUGCCUUCCAAUGCAUGAAAUUAAAGACGGCUAUCGAUGCGUGCAGAUGUAUGACAAAAAGGGCAGUGUGUUGAAGGGCGUGAAAAUGUUGUUCCAUUUUCAAAAACGUUCGUUUUCUCCGGUCCAGUAAUUCAUCGUUUUCAAAAACAUUUCUGUCUCAAUCCUGCAACGAGUAAUUUUAGAGAAGGAAGGCUAACGCACUCGAGAUGUCUGAAAGGUGAAGAGUUGGAGGGAAGAAGGGUAGCUCGCUGUAUCACCGAGCUCUAGUGAACUUCAGGUGUCAUUCUUUGAGGGCAGCUCAUCUUUCUCAUGCAUGUGGAACGCUGAGGUGUUGGAAAUUAAAUUAGUCUAUGACAGAGCAUUGAUCACGUUCAUAGAGCAAUGUACCAACUAGUAAGAUGUCUUGUUGAUGGCCUUAGCAAAAUUCAUAAUCAAUUAAUAUUAAAAAUUGUAUAAAAGCAGUGCAAAACAUUCAAAAA